AAAGAUCCAACCCAGGCCCACUGCCUGAAAUGUGAUACUCGGAUGACAGUGCAAUGUGGGGCAACGGAAUUCUCCUGGCUUCCAGGAUUCAGCAGACACACUUGGCCCACUGCCGCCGACGACAGAAGAGGCUCUCAUUUGUUUUAUGCUUCCCAUAAACGCGGCAGCAGUGACCACCCUCCCCGGGCCUGGCCGACGCCCCGGCUGCCGAGGGAUCGUCCUGCUGGGAGGGCUGGGGUGCAAAGGGUCGCUCCUGCCGCUGACACGCGGACUCCGGGAGGUAGUGGCGGGCAGGCGGCCUCCGCCCCGGCCGUUUCGGGAGUCGGGGCGGGGUCGUUCGGGGCGAACCGGCGGACAGCGGGGGCCCCCGAGGCGGCGGGGGCGCGCCGAGCCCGGGCGGCCGCAACAGGCCGAGCUCGCCGGACGCACGGACUGACGGACCGACGGACGCCUCGGGAUGGCGACUGGGGGGGGGGCCCACAGUCCCCCGCCCCGAAGGCCCGGGCACAGGCCCCGCCCGGGGGCUCGAAGCCUGCCGGGGAGGGCGCGACCGCCCAACCGGGCCUCAGGGGCAGAGUCUUCAGCGGACGACCGGGCCGCCACCCUCGCUCGGUGUCCCCGGCGACGCGCGGGCCCUCACGGCGGCCCGCGUUUCUUCACGGCUUUUGGUCCCUCCCUCUCGCCGUCCUUCUGGCCCCGCCUCCCCGCCCUCCGGGUUGUCAAGGCAACCCGAGCGACGCCUGCCGCGGACAAGAGGCGUUAGGCGGGGCGGCGGCGGCGCCGCGGGCUCGGCCCUUGGGGGCCCGGGAGCAGCUGACCAUGGAGCCCCAGAGUAAGGGGGCCGGGGCGGGCGGGCCGGGGCCUCCGGGGAACGAGGGUGGGCGCCCCGCGCGCGGUCGCAGGCUUUAA